AUUCAAAGCUGUGGCGUUUGGAAGAGAAGUUUUUAAAAACAGUUCUUGCCACAUUCUUCGGUUUCCUUUCCCUAUCGUCAAGGUUCAUAUGCUUUCCCUCUCUGUGACACAUUGACAGACUUCGGGAGGGGUGAAGCAGCACUUUGCGUGCGGUGGAAGCCAAGCUCGGUUCGGUUCCUUGCUCUGACCCUUCACUUGUAGAUGCGAGUUUGCCCGCCGGUUGCAAGCUUGGGCUGCCGCUGGAACAUUCUGGAAGUGCAAUCCGAGCCGGGACCGGUGUCCCCAUGGCCGGGCGCGCGGGAACCGCGGGAAGGUGGGACAGUUUGUACAGCCGCGACCCGAGCCGGCGGCAGGCGGCCCUGGACGGCAUCAGGCAGGUGGUGUUGAGCCUCAGCGAAAGGCUGGGCGGCAGCAACGACGGCGGACCUCCGGUCCUCAGCCCGAGUAGCUCGCCGACAGACGGUUUGAACGAGUACCUGGUGCGGCUGCUGGUGCUGUCCAGGAGAUGUCCCUUCAGCGACGUGAGAGCAAAGUGUGGUGCUAUCCUGCAGGCUGUGCAGGAAAUGGGAAUGAGAAUCCCCAGGCCUUUGACACAAGGACCAAGUGAAUUCAUUCCUGAAAAAGAAAUUCUGCAACUGGGAAGAGAAGAUGCAGAGACGCGUGUAUUGCUGAUUGAAGCGUUUGCAACUUUGGGUUGUCUGGACAACUUAACAUUAUUGAUGGGCUUUCAUCCACAGUAUCUUGAUAGUUUUCUCAAAACGCAGCACUAUCUAAUGCAGGUGGAUGGCCCGUUGCCAUACGAUUAUCGGCAUUACAUUGCAAUAAUGGCUGCAGCACAACACCAGUGCUCGUAUCUUGUAAAUCUCCAUGUUAAUGACUUUCUCCAAGUUGGUGGAGAUUCCAGAUGGCUCGCAGGAUUAGAUUCUGCUCCUCAAAAGCUUCAGACAUUAAGUGAAGUGAAUAAAAUUCUUGCUCACAGGCCUUGGCUUAUUACGAAAGACCACAUUGAAAAGCUUUUAAAAGCCGAUGAGCAUGGCUGGUCACUGGCUGAAUUGAUACAUGUGGUGGUACUGCUCACACAUUAUCAUUCUCUUGCAUCUUUCGCAUUUGGUUGUGGUAUUAACCCUGAAAUACAUUGUGAUGGAGGCCACACUUUCCGUCUGCCUUCUGUUAGUAAUUGCUACGUAUCCGAUUUGGCAAAUGGUAAUAAUGCUGUGGAAAAGCGACUGAAUAUUCAAGGAAGUGAACAGGUUAUCGAAACCACUUGUGAAGUAGAAGCCCUGAUGGAAAAAAUGAAACGCCUACAAGAAUGUAGAGGUGAAGCAGAAACAAGCCAAGAGGAAAUGGCAACAAGAUUUGAGCGAGAAAAGACGGAGAGUUUCUUUGUUACAUCAGUUGCAGAAAAUGAGAAAUCGAUAGACAUCAGGGAGAUUUCUCGUCAUUUUGAAGACCCAAGCUACGGUUACAAGGACUUUUGCAGACAUGGUGAGCAAUAUGUGCCCACUUUUCGAGCUCAGGAUUAUACUUGGGAAGAUCAUGGGUACUCCCUUGUGAACCGACUUUACCCGGAUGUUGGCCAGUUAUUGGAUGAAAAGUUUCAGAAAGCUUAUAACCUGACUUACAACACUAUGGCAAUGCAUAAAAAUGUUGAUACCUCAAUGCUCAGAAGAGCCAUUUGGAACUACAUCCAUUGUAUGUUUGGAAUAAGGUAUGAUGACUAUGACUAUGAUGAAAUUAAUCAGCUUUUGGAUCAGAACUGUAAGGUUUAUAUAAAAACUGUGGUUUGCUCACCAUCAAAGACCACAAAAAGAAUGUAUGACAGCUUCUGGAGACAAUUCAAACACUCUGAGAAGAUUCAUAUAAAUUUGCUGCUUAUGGAAGCUCGUAUGCAGGCAGAACUCCUCUAUGCUCUGACAGCCCUUACACGACAUCUGACAUGAAGGUCCUGCCCCUUCAUAACCAUUAAUUGCCAGUAGAAGAAACAGCCAGCUCAUUUGAACCAAAGGAAGCUAGUGACCCUCAAGUCCCAUUGUGCCGUACAUCAUGAGAAAAGUGUUGUGUCACGGUGCAUUGUGGCUGGUCUUCAACUCAGUGCACAGAAAAGCAAUGGAAGCGUGAAGAACCAGUGUGCGUACUAUGUAUUUGAUCGCCCGUGUGUGUUUUGGCAGCAAAAUAAUUUCUAUUACACUGAGUUGCUUGCAUCAUUAAAAACUGUUCUUUUUAAAAUCUAGAUGCUAUAGGUAACUGGCAGUGAAGUACAUUUUUGUAUAUAUUAUUGGGUUCUGACAGAUUUUGUAUCUGGAGCAAUUUUGUAGUUGAAAGUUGUUGGUGCUGCUAUUCCUGCCAAUGGAUUGCUGCAAUCACCAGUUGUCUAAGCUGAACUAAGGUCAUCAAAUUGUAUACUGCAGCCAUCUGAGCCCUAUACUGUGACAAACUGCAGUGAUGACUUUAUUUGCUGGAAUUUUGCUGCAACUGUAUAAAUUGCAGAUGUGUUUCUGGAACUUGCAUUUCUUCUGUGAAACAGUAAUGUGUUUUAUUUUCAUAUUUUGUUUCAGAAAUUGGUGACGUAGUGACGAAUACAGUUCAGUUUUACCCAGAUUGUUGUCUCUCUGAAAGAACACUAUUCUUCUGAGUUUCUCUGUCAUCUGGGCAAAACAUACACACUGCAAUGUGUUCUGUAUGUAGUUAGUAAUGCAGGAUAUGACUGCUGUAGCUAUUACUACCUACAAAAAAAAAAGUUUCAUUAUUUUUGGCGGUGAUGGCGGUAGUAACCAUGUCUGGGUGACUGGACAGCAGUGUUUAGAUUGUAGCAACAAACUCUCAAUUUUUAAUGUGAUAUUUUAACAGCUUACAUAAUGAGGCUGCAAUUGUUUUGUGUUUACUGAAGACCAAUACCUGAUUUAGAGUUUCAGCAUGAAGUCUUUUGUAUUUUCUUCAGGCUUUCAUCAUUUCAAUUGUAAAACUAAAUAUAGUAAAUGUUUGAAAAUGUAAUUAUUGACAUUGAAUUAAAACUGAAUUUGUUGGAAUAUGUCUGCU